AUGGCGCCAAAUAUCACCGAGAUCACGUCAACGUUCCAGUAUGACGGGAUUGUCAGUGCUUUGCCGGCUAAUCAGCUGCUUGUGAUCGACUUCCACGCUGUCUGGUGUGGACCAUGCCAUGCCAUUGCCCCAGUGCUUGAGCAGCUUUCGAACAAGUUCACCCAUGUCAAAUUCGUCAAGAUUGAUGUGGACAAGCAGGCGCAGCUUGCUCAGAGGUUCAAAGUCCGCGCUAUGCCUACCUUCAAGUUCAUCAAGGGCGGCAAGGAAGUCGAUGAACUCAAAGGCGCUUCCCCUCCCCAACUCAACGCCCUGGUCGCGAAGCACGCUGGCCCCGCAUCCGCCUUCCAGAACUCCGGCAGCGGUCAAAAGCUCGGUUCCGGAUCUGCAUCCACCAUCUCCGCCUCGGGGUCUUCGUCCGCCUCGGACUCUUCUUCCCUCCUCAGCCAAAUAACCGCUAAAGGCCUUUCAUGCCUUAACGAGUCGGCCUCGCACCCCCUGUCGUCCAUCGUCGGACCCGCCCACGGACCCAAGGGUACCUCAUACCUCGAGUCCGACGUCGACCCCGAGCUCCUCAUCUCCAUCCCGUUCAAUGAUGCCGUCAAGCUCAAGGCCAUCUCAAUAUUCUCGGGUGUGUCUCCCUCGCAGGCCCCCAAGAACAUCAAGUUGUUCAUCAAUUAUACGAGCAUGGACUUUGCGGAUGCGGAGCGCGAGUCGCCGGCGCAAGAGAUUGAGCUGAGCAAGGAGGAUGUCAAGGGCAACAAGGUGGAGCUGAGGUUUGUGCGGUUCCAGAGCGUGAGGAGUCUGCAUAUCCUGAUUAAGGAUAAUCAGGAGGAUGAGGAGACGACGAGGAUUGAUUCGAUUGAUCUGUAUGGGAGCGUGGGCCAGACGUCGGACAAGGGGCCUCUGCCGAAGCACGAUCACGAGCAUUAG